AUGAUCAUUUACCUAAUAACAACCUUCUCUCUUCUAAUCCCCAUCUUCCUCUUCCUUCUCACAGGAAGAAAAUCAUCCAAAAACCUUCCUCCAGGUUCGCUAGGGUUUCCAUUCAUAGGGCAAAGCCUGAGUCUCCUCCGCGCCAUGCGAAUCAACACCGCAGAAGAAUGGGCGCAGCAGAGGAUGAGAAAGUAUGGGGCGAUCUCGAAGCUAACUCUGUUCGGAAAACCGACGGUGUUCGUCGGAGGGCAGAGCGGGCACAAGCUGAUUUUCAGUGGCGAUUGCGGAAUUUCGAAUCAGCAAAAUGAGUCUCUUAGGGCAAUUUUGGGGGAAUGCAAUUUGUUGGAACUGAUUGGAGAAGAUCAUAAGCGUGUGAGAAAUGCGUUGGUUUCGUUCUUGAAGCCGGAAUGUUUGAAGCAAUAUGUGGGGAAAAUGGAGAUUAGAAAACAUAUCAAGAUGCAUUGGCAGGGCAAACAACAGGUUACUGUAUUGCCAUUGAUGAAGACUCUCACCUUCAACAUUGUAUGUUCUCUUCUCUUUGGUCUUGAGCAAGGUAUGAGAAGAGAAAGGAUGAUAGAAUGCUUUCGAGUAAUGAUAGGCGGCGUAUGGUCGAUCCCAAUAAACUUGCCGUUCACGAGGUACAACCAAAGCCGACGUGCAAGUAGGAGAAUCCAAGAGAUGAUUAAGGAACUGUUGGAUGAAAAGAGAGUUGAAUUAGAAGAAAAAAGAAGUUCCUCACACCAAGAUCUAAUCACUUGUUUGCUAAGCAUUGGAAAUGAAGAAAAUGAACUAAUAUUGACUGAGAAGGAAAUUGUGCACAAUAUUAUGUUGGUAAUGGUUGCUGGAUUUGAUACUUCAUCAGUUCUCAUUACAUUCAUCAUGAGGUUUUUGGCUAAUAAUCCAACUGUUUAUGUAGCUGUUCUUCAAGAACAAGAAGAGAUAGCAAGAAGUAAGAAAUGUGGAGAGUUGCUUACUUGGGAAGAUCUUGCCAAGAUGAAGUAUACAUGGAGAGUUGCAUUAGAGACCCUAAGGUUGGUAGCACCUAUAUUUGGAGGCUUCAGAAAGGCUAUGAAUGACAUUGAAUUUGGUGGUUACCUUAUUCCUAAAGGAUGGCAAAUAUUUUGGGCAUCACCCGUGACUCAUUUGGAUGGCACCAUAUUUAGAGAACCAUUGAAAUUUGACCCAAAUAGGUUCGACAAUCCAACAUCGAUUCCGCCGUAUUGCUUCGUUGGAUUUGGCGGCGGUCCGAGAAUUUGUCCAGGCGGUCCGAGAAUUUGUCCAGGGAAUGAGUUUGCAAGGGUUGAGACUCUUGUUACCAUCCAUUACUUGAUCACCCGAUUCACAUGGAAGCUACUUUUGGAUGACCAUUUUAUCAGAGAUCCAAUGCCAACACCUACCAAAGGAAUGCCCAUCAAAAUUUGUCCCAGAGAAACUUCCAUGGCAUUAUAGAAUGUAUAGAAAUGAAAAUGAAGAUCAGUGACAUUUGAGAGUAAGAAGAUCUUGAGAUUGUAUUAACCUCAUUUUUCCUGUUCAAAAUCAUUUUAAACAUGUCCUUCACUAUUGAAAACUAGUUUUGAUGGUAUGAGAAAAUCGAGUUCAAAAGUGUAAAAUCAAACAUUAAAU